AUGAAGCGCAAGCUGUCAGAUUCCGGUCUGGAAAAUGACCACCCCGUAUCGACCCCGAAGCGGCUACGGACGGCCCUCGAGCAGGCCCAUGGCUCCCUGAACGGCCAGGCUCCGAAUAGCGAUGUCCCCUACGAGCUGCCUCCUACACCGCACGGUCAAUCUACCCCCAAAAAGGCCAAUGGAAUCGCCGCAACUCCGCUGAAGGAAUCCGGAUUGAAGACGCCAACCCACAAAUCCAAGGCUCGGAACCUCUUUGCCACGCCUACGAAGCCCAAGACUCCGAGCGCUUCCACCCCCGGUCGUUUAAAAAAUGCGGACCGAUCGGCGAAGAAGAAGAGUGCGCGAGUGCUUUUAGAGCAAGAUGAAGAUGGUGCUUGGGAUGGAUCUGAGCAGCUUGCAGAGGAGAUUCUACAAGAUGAGCCCGAAGCCGAUAAAGCUGACAAGCCGGCGGUGGAUAGUGUUGAAGGUGGCGACGAGGGGAAGGCCUCCAAAGCCGAUGCAAAGGCCCCCAAGCGCCGAGCUGGUCGGCCGAAGGGGGCAAGGAACAAGCGGUCCCCGACACCAGAAGGAGAAUUGCCGGCGCAUGAGCGCUACUUCUUCCAAAACCGCGCAGGUCCGAGCAAAACGUCCAACACAACACUGAACAAGGUACCUUUAUUGACACAUGAAGAGUACUUCGAAAAAUUGGGUCAAUUUGUGGACCCAUGCAGAGAGGAGAAGGAAUACCUGCUCUCCUUACACCAUCGAGCAUUCCCACAGUGGUAUUUCGAGUUUGAGGAGGGAUUUAAUGUCUGUCUGUUUGGUUAUGGAUCAAAGCGAAAGCUCGUCCACGAAUUUGCGGACUGGCUGUACAAUCGCUCGGUACCUACAAAUCCACCAGUCAUCAUCAUCGUGAAUGGCUACACGCCCGGCAUCUCCAUUCGAUCGAUCUUUGCUACGAUUGUGACCGCCAUUCUCGGGGACGAUGCGCCAUCCAAGCUUGGUGCGCAACCGACAGAGGUGCUGGAGCUUUUACAAUCGGCGCUCCAGGCUAGACCAGCCAACGAAGAACCUGUUACCGUCCUGAUAAACUCCGUUGAUGCACCGCCACUGCGGCGUGCCGCCAACCAGGCUUUACUUGCUCGUCUAGGCGCUACACCACGCGUCCGACUUCUGCUCACAGCAGACACGCCAAACUUCCCGUUGAUGUGGGAUAUCAGUCUGCGGGACCAACUUAAUCUGGUCUUCCAUGACAGCACAACCUUCUCCCCAUUCGCUGUUGAGACAGACGUUGUGGAAGAGGUGCAUGCUCUCCUUGGCCGAAAAGGCCGUCGUGUAGGCGGCAAGGAGGGUGUGGGCUUCGUGCUAAAGAGUCUUCCUGAGAAUGCACGCAACCUAUACCGGCUGUUGCUCACCGAGCUCUUCUCCAUCAUGGACGAUAGCCAUCAGUCCGACGAAGAAGGGGCCGGUGACGGCGGUAAGAAUGGGGAGGAGAAUGGGAUCGAAUUCCGUCUGCUGUACCAGAAGGCAACGGAGGAAUUCAUCGCAUCUUCUGAGAUGAUGUUCCGCACCCUGCUGAAGGAGUUCCACGACCAUCAGAUGAUUACCUCACGAAUGGAUCCCAGCGGCAUGGAGAUUCUGGGUGUCCCGUUGUCUCGCGAUGAGAUGGAGGGUGUGUUAGAAGAUCUGGUGCUGGGAUGA